AUGAAUUGUAGUCGGAAAACGGACGAGCAAGGUGCCUUGGUGCAACGAGCUGGGCAUCGCCAUGCUACAAGGUGCGAGAGAGUUGCAGCAAGGCACUGGAAGAGGAGCAAGCGGGCUGCCGUAACAAGGCAUGAGCUCACUGCAGCAAGGCGUGAGCUCACUGCAGCAAGGCGUGAGCUCACUGCAGCAAGGCGUGAGCUCACUGCAGCAACGCGUGAGCUCACUGCAGCAACGCGUGAGCUCACUGCAGCAACGCGUGAGCUCACUGCAGCAAGGCGUGAGCUCACUGCAGCAAGGCGUGAGCUCACUGCAGCAACGCGUGAGCUCACUGCAGCAAUGCGUGAGCUCACUGCAGCAACGCGUGAGCUCACUGCAGCAAGGCGUGAGCUCACUGCAGCAAGGCGUGAGCUCACUGCAGCAAGGCGUGAGCUCACUGCAGCAAGGCGUGAGCUCACUGCAGCAAGGCGUGAGCUCACUGCAGCAACGCGUGAGCUCACUGCAGCAAGGCGUGAGCUCACUGCAGCAACGCGUGAGCUCACUGCAGCAAGGCGUGAGCUCACUGCAGCAACGCGUGAGCUCACUGCAGCAAGGCGUGAGCUCACUGCAGCAAGGCGUGAGCUCACUGCAGCAAGGCGUGAGCUCACUGCAGCAAGGCGUGAGCUCACUGCAGCAACGCGUGAGCUCACUGCAGCAACGCGUGAGCUCACUGCAGCAACGCGUGAGCUCACUGCAGCAACGCGUGAGCUCACUGCAGCAACGCGUGAGCUCACUGCAGCAACGCGUGAGCUCACUGCAGCAACGCGUGAGCUCACUGCAGCAACGCGUGAGCUCACUGCAGCAACGCGUGAGCUCACUGCAGCAAGGCGUGAGCUCACUGCAGCAACGCGUGAGCUCACUGCAGCAACGCGUGAGCUCACUGCAGCGAGCUCACUGCAGCAACGCGUGAGCUCACUGCAGCAACGCGUGAGCUCACUGCAGCAACGCGUGAGCUCACUGCAGCAACGCGUGAGCGUGUGCACAAAUUUACCAGCGCGCUGCCGCAACAAGGCUGCCGCAGGAAUUUGCCAGCGCCGCAAACAAGGCAGCAGCGCACAAGCCACCAGCACGCUACAAGGUGCCAGCGCGCUGCGAGGGCACCUGCAGGGCGCCAAACGUAAGGCGCCAGCGCGUAAGGCGCCAAAGCGUUAG